AUGUUUAAAGCAAAAAAGGCGAACUUUGUUGAACUUUGCAAGGAGUUUCAGUCUGAUAAUGAAGCAUUCCAGUCUUCCAUCGAUGCGAAGAUCUCAAAGCUUCAGAAGGAACUGGAGAUGGAGAGCAAAAUAAUGGAUGCUCUUGCCAUCAAAGAAGAAAAAUGUAAAGUAUUGGAAACAAAUCUUUGCUACACUGAGAAGCAAGCUUGUGAUCCCAGGAUCUCCAUCACUAUAAAGAAUAAUCUUCCUGAGAAGCUACGCCCGGUGUUCGCUAUGUUACACCGUUUGGAAGUUAACCCUCCCGUCAUCAUGAAAGAACCCAAGAGUAAAGAAAAGCUAUUUAAUGAUGAACCCAUUAUCGAUGAUGAAGGAGAUGAAGAGCCUGAUGAAGCUGAGCUUAAAAGGUGGAAUGCUCGUGAGGCAGAGUUGGAUGAACAUGCUCACAUCGUCAGAGAGGUAGAAGAAAAGGAAAAUGUUGAAAAAGAAGCUCAUGCCACACUCAAAAGCCGAAUGAUGCUAUUCCGCAAGUGGACCCUGAAGCAAAUUCAAAAUGAGGUUGUGGAUCUGCCAGGCCAAUCUCAAACCAGGAAAAAUUUACAAGGAUGGUUUGUAGUGUACAUGUCUAGAGAUCGUCCAGGAGCAGAACGUCAGAAUCUAUAUUUUCAUCUUGAAGACAAACACAUGUAUACUACUACUUGUAUGGAGUUUAUUUUGGAGCAGGUUACAAAGUUCAAGGGCAACCACAACGAUGACUUGAAAUGUUUCUCUGAUCUGAUCACGUGGUAUAUCCAGGUUUGUAAGCUGUUGUUGAGCUUCAUUCCCAAGAUCUACGAAGUACAGAUGCGAAUCAAGAACUGA